AUGAAUAAUAAUAUCCUUGUUUUUGAUCAAGUUUCAAAUUUAAAUGAACCUCCAAAUAUCCUUUUAUUGUCAGAGGAGGAUCAUAGAGUUGCUAAAAAUGCUGAAAUUUUUAUAGAUAAAAUGAUUACCAAUUUAAAAUUUUUAUCAAAUUCAAAUUCAUGUGAUUCAAGUAAAAAAAGGAAAAUGAUUGAACAAAAAACAAAAUGUUCAAAUCCAAGAAAAAAUUGUGGAGCUAAAAAAUUAAAAACAUCACCAUUACCACAACCAAUGACAAAUUUAUCACAUAAUCAUAUGUUUAGUAUUGAUGAAAAACCAAAAAGAGGAAGACCACCAAAACCAAAGCCAUUAUGUUGUCAAAUUUGUUUAACUAAUAAUACUCCAUAUUGGAGAUGGAGUGUAAUUGAAAAUAAUAAAAUUAGAGUUUGCAAUCGUUGUGGACAAAAAAUUUUCAAAUUGGAAAAAUCAAUCAAUGAACAAUUAUUGUUUAGAAUUGAAAUUAUUAAUCUUUUAAACAAAAUAGAUGAUGAAAAACCAAUUGAAAAAUAA